GCCACGCUGACAUAUUUGCCGUUUACUGGAUCAGAAAACAAAUCGUCAUCACUUAAAUAGGCGUCGUCGUUUCGUCAGAAAAGUGUAUAUAUUUUGAAAUCAUUUAAAAUGGGUACACUUACAGAUUUUGGGCAGAUAGCUCUAAAAUGGGACCCAAAAAAUUUAGAAAUUCGUACCAUGUCAGUUGAAAAGACAUUAGAACCGCUAGUGUUGCAAGUGACUACUCUUGUUAAUACCAAGGGACCUAGCAAAAAAAAAAAGGGAAAAUCAAAACGAGCCAGUGCAUUAGUGGCAGCUGUUGAAAAAGCUACGGAAAAUUUUAUCCAAAAAGGUGAACAGAUUGCCUAUGAGAACCCCGACAUCACACAAGAAAUGCUUACUGCCGUGGACGAAGUUAAGAAAACUGGAGACGCUAUGAGCAUUGCUGCCAGAGAAUUUUCGGAAGAUCCAUGCAGCUCAUUAAAGCGAGGAAACAUGGUUCGAGCUGCAAGAAAUCUUUUAUCAGCUGUAACUCGCCUUUUAAUUUUAGCUGACAUGGUAGACGUUCAUCUACUUUUAAAAUCUCUGCAUAUUGUUGAAGAUGAUUUAAAUAAGUUAAAAAAUGCAUCCAGUCAGGACGAGCUUAUGGAUAAUAUGAGGCAAUUUGGUCGAAACGCAGGGGAACUUAUAAAACAAGCAGCAAAACGACAACAAGAACUUAAAGAUCCACAGUUGAGGGAUGAUUUAGCUGCUGCUCGGGCAAUGCUUAAAAAGCAUUCAACCAUGCUUUUGACUGCUUCAAAAGUUUACGUUCGUCAUCCGGAACUGGAUUUAGCAAAAGUAAACCGUGAUUUUAUUUUGAAACAAGUUUGUGAUGCGGUAAACACCAUUAGUGAUGUUGCGCAAGGAAAAUCGACGCAACCUUCUGAUGUUUACAGUGGCGCAGGGGAGCUGGCUGCUGCAUUGGACGAUUUCGAUGAAGGCAUUGUCAUGGACCCUAUGACUUAUAGCGAAAAACGAUCUCGUCAAUUACUUGAGGAACGUUUGGAGAGUAUUAUUAGUGCAGCUGCUUUAAUGGCGGAUGCAGAUUGUACCAGAGACGAGCGACGAGAGAGAAUAGUAGCCGAAUGCAAUGCUGUGCGACAAGCUUUACAAGAUCUUUUAUCCGAAUAUAUGUCAAAUAUGACCCAAAAAGAUAACAGCCCUGGACUUGUCCGUGCAAUUGAUCAAAUGUGUCGCAAAACACGUGACUUACGACGUCAAUUGCGAAAGGCUGUUGUUGAUCAUGUUUCCGACUCGUUUUUAGAAACCACGACACCUUUGAUAGAUUUAAUUGAAGCUGCAAAAACUGGAAAUGAAAAGAAAGUUCGUGAGAAAGCCGAUAUUUUUACUAAACACGCAGAAAAACUUGUAGAAGUUGCAAACCUUGUAUGCAGUAUGUCUAGUAAUGAAGAUGGUGUCAAAAUGGUUCGAUAUGCCGCUGCCCAAAUUGAAAGCCUUUGUCCCCAAGUAAUAAAUGCUGCAUCUAUAUUAACAGUCCGCCCCAAUUCUAAAGUGGCUCAAGAAAAUAUGUCUACUUAUCGUCAAGCUUGGGAAGUCCAAGUUCGUAUUUUAACUGAAGCGGUGGACGACAUAACAACAAUCGAUGAUUUUUUGGCAGUAUCUGAAAAUCAUAUACUUGAAGAUGUUAACAAAUGUGUAAUGGCUUUACAAGUAGGUGAUGCUAAAGACUUGCGUACAACCGCUGGAGCAAUUCAAGGUCGAUCUUCACGAGUUUGUAAUGUCGUAGAAGCGGAAAUGGAUAAUUACGAACCUUGUAUUUAUACAAAACGAGUUUUAGAAGCAGUAAAGGUGCUUCGUGAACAAGUAAUGAACAAGUUUGACCAACGAGUGGAAGCAGCAGUUGGAGCCCUUGCAAAUACCUCCAAUAAAGAUGUAGACGAAAAUGACUUUAUUGAUGCCUCUCGUCUAGUUUAUGAUGGAGUUCGAGAAAUUCGAAGGGCAGUUCUGAUGAAUAGAAGUUCAGAAGACCUUGAUACCGACACAGAAUUUGAGCCUGUAGAGGAUUUGACUUUAGAAACACGAAGCCGAUCAAGUGCCCAUACUGGUGAUCAAACUGUCGACGAAUAUCCAGAUAUAAGUGGAAUAUGUACUGCACGAGAGGCUAUGCGGAAAAUGACAGAAGAGGAUAAGCAAAAAAUUGCGCAACAAGUUGAAUUAUUUCGAAGGGAAAAACUUACUUUUGAUUCAGAAGUAGCAAAAUGGGAUGACACUGGAAAUGACAUAAUAUUUUUAGCAAAACACAUGUGUAUGAUUAUGAUGGAAAUGACUGAUUUCACCAGGGGCCGCGGUCCUUUAAAAACUACGAUGGACGUGAUUAACGCUGCCAAAAAAAUUUCCGAAGCUGGGACAAAGCUAGAUAAACUAACGCGGGAAAUAGCAGAGCAAUGUCCCGAAAGUAGCACUAAAAAAGAUUUGCUGGCUUAUUUGCAACGUAUAGCUCUUUAUUGUCACCAAAUUCAAAUAACCUCUAAAGUCAAAGCAGACGUACAGAAUAUAAGUGGCGAACUUAUAGUUUCCGGGUUGGACAGCGCCACAUCACUGAUUCAAGCUGCUAAAAAUCUUAUGAAUGCGGUAGUACUUACUGUAAAAUACUCAUAUGUGGCGUCAACCAAAUACACUAGGCAAGGCACAGUUUCUUCUCCAAUAGUGGUAUGGAAAAUGAAAGCUCCAGAAAAAAAGCCCCUGGUUAGACCUGAAAAACCAGAGGAGGUUCGGGCUAAAGUUCGAAAGGGUUCACAAAAAAAAGUUCAAAACCCUAUUCAUGCGCUGUCUGAAUUUCAAAGUCCUGCUGAUGCUGUUUAAAUAUAUUAAAAUAAUUUUAAUAUCAUAUUGCACCCAUAAUAAAAAUAUACAUCAUCAUUCUAUUAUUUUUUAAAAUACUCUCAAUAAACAGCAAACGUUAUUAUUAGUA